AUGGUGACGAAGAAGCAUAAGUAUCGGGAUCCAGCACUGCAAGUAGAUGGGUGCCCGGUACCUGUAAGAGGAGCGGUAAAAUACUUGGGCGUGCAGCUGGACACUCGUCUUUCCUUCGGCGAACACGUGGCAUCGGUGUCGUCGGGAGCUAGUAAAGUCGCUUCCGCAAUUGGCAGGCUCAUGCCCAAUGUCGGUGGCCCAGCGCAGUGCAAACGUAGCUUGCUGAUGAGCGUGGUCCACAGCCGCCUUCGCUACGGCGCUGCGGUCUGGGCAGACGAGGUGCGUCACGUGGCGAAGUACAGCAACCUGAUGCUCCAGAGCCAGAGGUGCGCAGCCCUGAGGGUGGCGAGAUGCUUCAGGUCGGUUUCGGACAUGGCUGCACUUGUGCUGGCGAGGAUGCCUCCGGCCACUUUGCAGGCAACUGCACGGAAGCGCGCCACUGCACUGAAGUCGGAAGGCGCUGUCCUGACAGCACGGCAGAAAACUGAGGAAAUGAUUGUAUAG